AUGGCGACAGAUUCAACAUCGACAUCAACACCAUCAAGAAGAAAUUUAAUGUCUGAUGGGGCUAGAAUUUGGAAUGGUAAAUGUUUUGUUGGUAUGGUUUUGUUCAAAAUUUAUGAAACCGAGAUAAAAAUAACAAGCAACAAUCUAAAACAAUCCAACAUGCUUGAUACUAUACAAUAA